CCGGCUGGGCUGGCCAGGCCACAGAGGGGCUUCCUGCGCAGGCAGGUCAGCCACAGGAACCGUGGGGCAGCCCUUGGCUGAGAGUUCUGAAAACCCCAUCCCUGCCUGGAGCUGUGGGCAGGGCUGCUGGAACACUUUCAGUUUUGUUUCUGCAAGAAACGAAACUCAACAGGAAGACUCCGGAGACGAGGCCAUGGAGGAAGCCGUCCAGGUGUGCAGGAACUGCAAAAGAAGCGUGGCCUCUGCCCACUUGGCUCUCCAUGAGGCACACUGCGUGCUGUUCCUGGUCCUCUGCCCGGAGUGUAAGGAGCCCGUCCUACAGGCGAAGAUGGACGAGCACUGCGAGACAGGGCACCAGCAGGUCGGGUGUGCGAUGUGCCAGCAGAGCAUGCAGAAGCACUUGCUGGAGUUUCACGAGACCACGGAAUGCCAGGAGCGCCCCACCGAGUGCAAGUUCUGCGGGGCAGCCGUGCGCCUCAGCAAGCUGGAGGUCCAUGAGCAGCACUGUGGCAGCCGGACUGAGCUCUGCCUGGACUGCGGCCAGUUCGUCGUGGUCCGAGGUCUGGCCCAGCACAAAGACUCGUGCCAGAGGGAGCAGGCCCGGCCCCAGAGAGGGAAGAGAAUUUCAGCUCCUAAAAACAAUAUCUCCCGUCGUGACUGUAAUCGAAUGACCCCAGGAAACAAGCAUUUACACCAUCUGGAUAAAGGCCCCACAGUCUCAGAGUCUGCAAAGUAUUUGCCAGUUGGAGAGCCAACGAUUUCUCCUCCAUCGCUCCCAAGUCAGGCUCCUGAAGAUCAGACUUCUGAAGCAAAAGGAGGUGUUCGUCCAAAGACAAGAAAUAUAAACAGAUUUCCUCUUCUUUCUGAAACUUCAACAAAACAAGCACCAAGUGACACAGGGCCCCAGAUCACGUCUCCUGUAGAAGAUGAGGCAGUUUAUGACAUUCUGAGAAGAUGUCCCCAGUGUGACAUCCUACUUCCCUUGCCGACCCUAAACCAACAUCAGAGAUGUUGGUCUACUCAAGAGCUAGAGACAAACCAGGAGAAGAAAAGCCUCCAGCUCUUUUGCCCGAGAAUUAUGAUCCCACGUCAGGACCCCACAGCCUGGACGCCCUGGAGGACCGACCUGUGUCCGUCUUACACCCCAUCUCAUUCAGUGAUGUGUGAGAGCUCAAGCUUCCCUACACGCCCGGCCAGCAGUUGUUGCUGUCAAUAUCAUUUUUUCUAAUUUUAGCUAUUCUGUCAGGUAUGCGGGCAUAUCUUACUGUCAUUUCCCAUUGCAGGUCCCUAAUGUCUAAUGAUGUUGACCAUCUUUUCAUUUGCUUAUUUGCCAUCUGAGAUGUCUACUCACACAUUUUCUAAAUGGACUGUUUACUGUUGAGUUUUGAGAUUAUAUAUAUAUAUAUGGAUAUUGGUAUAGAUAGAUAUGGAUAUAAAUGUAGAUAUAGAUAUAGAUGUAGAUUAGAUAGAUACAUGUAGAAUAUAGAUAUAGAUCUAAUUUCCUGAAAAAUAAAAACGCACUC